AUGACAAUUUCCAACACUACAGUCUUUAUGCCUUCUGUAUUGACACUAGUAGGGAUCCCAGGACUGGAGUCUGUGCAGUGCUGGAUUGGGAUUCCAUUCUGUGUCAUGUACCUCAUUGCUAUGGUUGGAAAUUCGUUGCUUCUGUUCAUUAUCAAAUCUGAGCGCAGCCUCCAUGAGCCCAUGUACAUCUUCCUAGGCAUGCUAGGAGCCACAGAUAUUGUCCUUGGCAGCAGUAUAAUGCCCAAGAUGCUUGGAAUCUUCUGGUUCCACAUGCCAGAGAUCUAUUUUGAUACCUGUCUGCUACAAAUGUGGUUUAUACACACAUUUCAGUGCACGGAGUCAGGCAUCCUGCUGGCCAUGGCCCUGGACCGUUAUGUUGCCAUCUGUUAUCCAUUGAGAUAUGCCACUGUCUUCACCCGCCAGGUGGUCACCCAAAUAGGAACUGUAGUAACUCUCAGGGCUGCCAUUCUAGUAACCCCAUCCCUUGUACUGAUAAAGUGCCGGCUUCAAUUUUAUCAUACAAUAGUUAUAUCCCACUCUUAUUGUGAGCAUAUGGCCAUUGUGAAACUAGCUGCAGGAAAUGUCCAGGUCAACAAGAUCUAUGGUUUGUUUGUUGCCUUCAGUGUUGCAGGGUUUGACCUCAUAUUCAUCACCUUGUCCUAUAUCCAGAUAUUUAUCACAGUUUUUCGUUUGCCCCAGAAGGAAGCUAGAUUUAAGGCAUUCAAUACCUGCAUCGCUCACAUCUGUGUCUUCCUGCAACUCUACCUACUAACCUUCUUUUCUUUCUUCACUCAUAGAUUUGGCUCUCAUGUUCCCCCUUACAUCCAUAUCCUCUUUUCUAGCUUUUACUUGCUGUUCCCUCCAUUUCUCAAUCCACUUGUGUAUGGUGUUAAGACCAAGCAGAUCCGCAUUCACCUGAUUGAAAUAUUUUUCUUCCAUAUAUUUCUAUAUCUUUUCUGUGAAAUGCACUUGUUUCAGUUGCACAUUUUUGUGGUGUUGUUAAAUUUGGGCCCAUUUUGCUUUCUUGAAUAUAAAACCUAA